AUGGCCGGCGUCAUCCAGCCGUCCGAAGCCGCAGGCAUGAACGGCAACACCCAGAGCGGCAUCACCGCCGCCGAGGUCAAGAACAACAAGACCUCGGGUGGAAACGCUGCAUUCCACAACUUCAACAACGACUUCGCCCACAUCGCUGACGCCAACGAGCGCCGUCGCCUGGCUUUGGCAGAGAUUGACAAGGCGCCUUUCGGCUGGUACCAUGUCCGUGCCAUUAUCGUUGCUGGUAUCGGCUUCUUCACCGAUUCGUAUGACAUCUUCACCAUCGGUCUCGUCACCUCCAUGUUGGGUAUCGUGUACUUCGGCGGCACCCUUCCCGCGGACUACGACACUGCUAUCAAGGUUGCUACGUCCGCCGGCACCGUUGUUGGCCAACUCGGCUUUGGAGCUCUCGCCGACAUUGUCGGUCGCAAGAAGAUGUACGGUGUUGAGCUCAUCAUCAUCAUCAUCGCCACCCUCGCCCAGGCCCUCUCGUCGAACUCCCCUUCUGUUUCCAUCGUCGGUCUCAUCGUUUUCUGGCGUGUCAUCAUGGGCAUUGGUAUUGGCGGUGACUACCCUCUCUCUGCCAUCAUUACCUCCGAGUUCGCCACGACCAAGUGGAGAGGUUUCAUGAUGAACGCCGUAUUUGCCAACCAGGGUUUCGGCCAGCUUGCUGGUGGCCUCAUGCUGCUCAUCGUUACCGCCGGCUUCCAGGGAUCUCUCGAGACUGCCACCAAGGCUGCUACAUGCUCUACUACCGCGCCUUGUCUGUUGGCUGUUGACAAGAUGUGGAGAACCAUGAUCGGCAUGGGUGCCGUUCCUGGAUGCAUUGCUCUGUACUUCCGUCUUACUAUUCCGGAGACUCCCCGAUACACCUUCGACAUCGAAAACGACGUGUCAAAGGCCGAGGGCGACGUCGACUUUUACAAGCAGGGCAAGUGGGGUGAGGCCGACGUUGAUGAGGCUGCCCGCGUUGUUGCCCGCCAAGAGGCCAAGGCGCAGCUUGAGGUACCCAAGGCCUCGUGGAGUGACUUCUUCCGCCACUACAGCAUCUGGAAGAACGCCAAGGUUCUCAUCGGUACCGCUGGUUCGUGGUUCUUCCUCGAUGUCGCCUUCUAUGGUCUCGGACUGAACAAUGCUAUUAUCCUCAACGCCAUCGGAUGGUCUGGUGGCAGCAACAUGUACCACAUCUUCUACAAGACGGCUGUCGGUAACUUGAUCCUCGUCCUCGCCGGUGCCGUCCCCGGAUACUGGGUUUCCGCCGCCCUCGUCGACACAAUCGGCCGCAAGCCCAUCCAGCUCUUCGGUUUCUUCACCCUUACCCUCCUCUUCUGCGUCAUCGGCUUCGACUACUGGAACCUUUCCGGAUCUGCUCUGAUGGCUCUGUACACCAUCGCGCAGUUCUUCUUCAACGCCGGCCCCAACUCGACGACGUUCAUUGUCCCUGGCGAGUGCUUCCCGACGAGGUACCGCUCCACUUCCCACGGUAUUUCCGCCGCCUCGGGCAAGGUUGGUGCCAUCAUCGCACAGGUUGUGUUUGGUCCGCUCAGGACCAUCGGAGCCAACAGUGCCCUGGCCAAGACCGACCCCAGAUGGAGCACCCCGUGGCUCAACCACAUCAUGCAAAUCUUUGCGCUUUUCAUGCUUUGCGGUUUCUUCACAACCUGGUUGAUUCCUGAGACGGCGAGGAAGACGCUGGAGGAGCUCUCUGGCGAGGAUGACCUUGCUACCAGUGCCAUCCCUGUCCACGGCCACAACGAGGAGAAGCGCGUUGAGGAGGGCAACGCCGCCGGAUCCGUCUGA